GCUGGGAGUCCCCACGACUCGGUGUGAACGUAGCUGUCCAUAUCGGGCGUCACCAACUUUACUUUUUGUUUUAUUUUCUGUCUUUUACAUAAUCUGUAACAUUUUGUACAUACACUUUUUAAUUUUGUAUUUUUAUACAAAUUCAUCGGGAUGGAACUAAAUUCUCUUCUAAUCCUUCUUGAGGCUGCAGAAUACUUGGAAAGAAGAGACAGAGAGGCAGAACAUGGUUACGCUUCUGUUUUACCGUACAAUAGCGACUUUUCCAGAAAGAAAACGAAAGCGACGCCAAUAUCAAGAAAAACUCAGAACAAUAGAUCUUCACACAAUGAGCUGGAGAAACACAGACGUGCUAAGUUGCGGCUCUACCUGGAGCAGUUAAAGCAGCUCGUGCCUUUGGGUCCGGAGAGCAGCCGCCACACCACCCUCAGCCUGCUUAAACGGGCCAAGAUGCACAUCAAGAAGCUAGAGGAGCAGGACAGGAAGGCUCUAAAUGUGAAGGAACAGCUGCAGAGAGAGCAUCGCUACCUCAAACGGCGUCUGGAGCAGCUGUCUGUGCAGGGCGUGGAGCGCAUUCGCACCGACAGCCUGGGCUCCACCCUCUCCACCGACUCAGAGCAGGAGGUGGACGUGGAUAUUGAGGGCAUGGAGUUCACACCAUGUGAAGGGGACAGUGUGUGCAGUGUGAGUGAUACCGAAGACCCCUACAGCCUACAGGGCAGCUCCAGUGACGGCAGUCGUUACUCACAUUCCCACAGACUGCAGCCACACAUCUGUUAGGCCCUGCAAAACCAGCGAGGCCACGCCUCCCACCCACCGUCCAACCUAUCCCCUGACAGGCUCUGUCCCUAGGCCCUGCCCAUAUGCCCACCCACUGCACCAGGAAGCAGCUGGCUGGGGAUCCUGUUGUUACUUCCUCCACCACUCUCACACAUCCCAGCUUUCACUGUAACACCCGCCAGUACUGCCUCAGGCAUCAGCCCACCCACCAACCAGCAAUCUGUGGUUUUAGUGGGUCUCCUGUGGUGUGAUCAUACAGCUUUGACUUGUCAACUAAUGUCCUGAGUAACUCAGUGAGGGAAGGAGGAGGGUGUGGCUCUAAGUGAGUGCGCAUGUGAGUGUGGCCAUAGGCCUGGACUAGAUUUAACCUUUCUUAACUUUUAUUAUUAAACUCACCUGAGUACAGUAGCAUUUGAUCCACUACGCACCUCUGUAGGCCAAAGCCAUGAGAAAACACCUGAUUAGGGAGCAGAACUACCACCCUCAGCACACCAUAUGCUUCUUUCAUAACUGCCAGCUGUGACGAAGGCAGUACCGCGACAUUUAAGUCGACUGUUGCCAUCGGCCUAAGGAGUCGCAGUGACGGCCACCCUGUGAGUUAGGAUUCCUCAUCCCUCUGUCCAUUCUGAUGCACUACUGCAGUUUCCAGCGCAGGAGCCUGCCCACAGGAAGGAGAUCUCUGCGUGACCCCACCCCUCGGGAGCCAAACCUUUUCCUGUUUCAGUAGCAAAGUGAUGUAGCAAUAGACGCAGAAAGCAGCUGCUUUCUCUAGCGUGUGUAUGACUCGGAGGGGUGGGAGGCACCGGAGAGCCUCUCUCUCCUGCACAGACACAGACACAGACACAGACAGACACACACACGCCAGCAGCUUGUGUGUUCUUUACCAGCCCGCCUGCUGGGUUUACUCCCAGCGUUUCGUUGACAGGUCAAAGCUGAAUGAGGUAAAGAGGAAGCAAACAAACAAACCAACCAGAGAAAGCAACAACCCAAACAGAACAGCCAGCUCUAAUAGUGUGCUAUUUGUGGAGGCUUAUAGAUGAGAAGAGAUUACACUGAUACUUUCCUCUUUCACCUUUCCUGUAUUUGUUAAACUUACUUUAUCUUUACAUAAUAUAUGUAACUGAUUUCAUAGGAGCUUUGGGCAUUGCAAAACAGACCAGUAUAUCGUAUUCUUUUGGGUAGCUUGUUCCGAAG